AUGGCCGUGUCUGAGAGACGGCCCAUUCCACCAGAUGGACCCUUCCACCAGACGGUCUCUUUACACCAGACGGUUCCUUCCUUCAGACGGUCCCUUCCACAAGACGGCCCCUUCCACCAGACGGCCCCUUCCUUCAGACGGCCCCUUUCACCAGAUGGACGAUGGACCCUUCCACCAGACGGUCUCUUUACACCAGACGUUCUCCUUCCUUCAAGGUCCCUUCCACCAGACGGCCCCUUCCACAAGAAGGCCCCUUCCACCAGACGGCCCCUUCCACCAGACGGCCCCUUCCACAAGACGGCCCUUCCACCAGACGGCCCCUUCCUUCAGACGGCCCCUUCCUUCAGACGGCCCCUUCCUUCAGACGGCCCCUUCACCAGACGGUCCCUUCCACCAGACGGUCCCUUCCACCAGACGGCCCCUUCCACCAGAGGCCCUUCCACCAGACGGCCUCAUCCACCAGACGCCCCCAUCCACCAGACGGCCCCUUCCACCAGACGGCCCCAUCCACCCAGACCGCCCCUUCCACAGACGGUCCUUCCACCAGACGGCCCUUCCACCAGACGGCCCCUUCCACCAGACGGCCCCUUCCACCAGACGGCCCCAUCCACCAGACCGCCCUUCCACCAGACGGCCCCUUCCACCAGACGGCCCCAUCCACCAGACGCCCCCAUCCACCAGACGGCCCCUUCCACCAGACGGCCCCAUCCACCAGACGCCCCCAUCCACCAGACGCCCCCAUCCACCGACGCCCCAUCCACCAGACGGCCCUUCACCAGACGGCCCCAUCCACCAGACGGCCCCAUCCACCAGACGGCCCCAUCCACCAGACCGCCCCUUCCACCAGACGGUCCUUCCACCAGACGGCCCCUUCCACCAGACGCCCCAUCCACCAGACGCCCCCAUCCACCGCAGACCCCAUCCACCAGACAGACGGCCCCAUCCACCAGACGGCCCCAUCCACCAGACGGCCCCUUCCACCAGACGCCCCCAUCCACCAGACCGCCCUUCCACCAGACCGCCCCUUCCACCAGACGGUCCUUCCACCAACGGUCCCUUCCACCAGACGGCCCCAUCCACCAGACGGGCCCCAUCCACCAGACGCCCCCAUCCACCAGACGGCCCCAUCCACCAGACGCCCAUCCACCAGACGCCCCAUCCACCAGACGCCCCCAUCCACCAGACGGCCCCAUCCACCAGACGCCCCAUCCACCAGACGCCCCCAUCCACCAGACGGCCCCAUCCACCAGACGCCCCCAUCCACCAGACGGCCCCAUCCACCAGACGCCCCAUCCAGCAGACGCCCCAUCCACCAGACGCCCCCAUCCACCAGACGCCCCCAUCCACCAGACGGCCCCAUCCACCAGACGCCCCCAUCCACCAGACGGCCCCAUCCACCAGACGCCCCCAUCCACCAGACGGCCCCAUCCACCAGACCGCCCCUUCCACCAGACGGCCCCAUCCACCAGACGCCCCCAUCCACCAGACGCCCCCAUCCACCAGACGGCCCCUUCAACCAGACCGCCCCUUCCCCACCAGACGGCCCUUCCCACCAGACGGCCCCAUCCACCAGACGCCCCCAUCCACCAGACGGCCCUUCCACCAGACGGCCCCAUCCACCAGACGCCCCCAUCCACCAGACGCCCCCAUCCACCAGACGCCCAUCCACCAGACGGCCCCUUCCACCCAGACGGCCCCAUCCACCAGACGGCCCCAUCCACCAGACCGCCCCUUCCACCAGACGGUCCUUCCACCAGACGGCCCCUUCCACCAGACGCCCCCAUCCACCAGACGCCCCCAUCCACCAGACGCCCCCAUCCACCCAGACGGCCCCAUCCACCAGACGGCCCCAUCCACCAGACGGCCCCUUCCACCAGACGCCCCCAUCCACCAGACCGCCCCUUCCACCAGACCGCCCUUCCACCAGACGGUCCCUUCCACCAGACCGGCCCCAUCCACCAGACGGCCCCAUCCACCAGACGCCCCCAUCCACCAGACGCCCCCAUCCACCAGACGGCCCCAUCCACCAGACGCCCCCAUCCACCAGACGCCCCCAUCCACCAGACCGCCCUUCCACCAGACGGCCCCAUCCACCAGACCGCCCCUUCCACCAGACGCCCCCAUCCACCAGACCGCCCCUUCCACCAGACGGCCCCAUCCACCAGACCGCCCCUUCCACCAGACGCCCCCAUCCACCAGACGCCCCCAUCCACCAGACGCCCCCAUCCACCAGACGCCCCCAUCCACCAGACCGCCCCUUCCACCAGACGCCCUCAUCCACCAGACCGCCCCUUCCACCAGACGGUCCUUCCACCAGACGGCCCCUUCCACCAGACGCCCCCAUCCACCAGACCGCCCUUCCACCAGACGCCUCAUCCACCAGACUGCCCCUUCCACCAGACGGUCCCUUCCACCAGACGCCCCUUCCACCAGACGCCCCAUCCACCAGACUGUCCCUUCCACCAGACGGUCCCUUCCACCAGACGGCCCCUUCCACCAGACAUCAGCUCCACCAAACACUCCCUUUACACCAAACUGUAUUUCUAA